GACAAUAUUCGGAAGUACUGCACAUUUCUCUUGCAAUACGGGAUACGAAAGGUACGGGCCAGAAUACAUGCAGUGUUCUGAGUUCGGAACGUGGAUACCGAAUGAGACAACAAUGUGUAUUUUAGGACUUUCCGGAGCUCCAAACAUAUCUCACAUGCAUGCAACAAUUAAUACCGGACUUAGAAAAAAUGGAAAUGAAAGUGAAGUUGAAUUAUAUUGUGAACUUGAAAAUCUGACCUCUGACAAUUACUACUUUACGGUCAGUUGGGGACUUUCAGAAAACUCCAUUUGGAAUGAAAUUGUGUUAAUAUCAAAUCCGACGGUUUGGGACAACAAAGAAAACUUUCGACAACUCACUGCUCUCACAUCGUCGAAACUGAUCGAAAAGGGAAUCAAAAGCUGGGGAUUCAGCAUAUCUUGCCAGGUAACAGCAAGAUAUAACCAGUGGUCAGACGAGGGACCCCCGAUUUUUAGUAACGAAAAGUUUUGUGGAAUCAAGGUACACAACGAAAGCCUGAACAUCUACAACUCGGAAAUAGACACUUUAUAUAUAGAACUCACAGUCCCGUUCAAAUGUUGGAUGUCAGUGCCAGCAUGUACUAUCGAAUUAAAAAUAUUUUUUAACGACACAACAGACUCUUGUGAAAUUCCUGCCUACCUUGUGGUAUAA